AGAGAGAGAUGAUGGGGGAGGAAAUUAAAGUAGGUGAGAGAGUGAAUAAGAGGGCAUUAACUCUUAAGUAUAGUGGAAGGAAUAAUGAAGAAGUGUGUGGGAGUUUGUUCAUUGUUGGGUGCGGUGGCCGUUCUGUGUGUGGUGGCGGUGGUGGAAGGUGCAAUUGAAGCCGUAGAGCUUCCCGGUGGUGUUUUCGGGCCGGAAAGUAUAGCCUUUGACUGCCGUGGAGAAGGGCCCUACGCCAGUGUCUCCGAUGGCAGAAUCCUCAAGUGGAAAGGUCCUCACUUGGGUUGGACUCAAUUUGCUCUUACCUCACCCAACAGGGAAGGGAAAGAAUGCGAUGGGCAGCCCCAAAGUGAGGCAGCAUGUGGAAGGCCAUUAGGGAUCAAAUUUCACCCUACAACUUGUGACCUUUACAUUGCUGAUGCUUAUUUUGGCCUUCUGGCUGUAGGACCUAAGGGUGGCUUGGCUCGCCAGCUUGCCACUUCUGCUCAAGGCGUGCCACUUCGCUUCACUAAUGCUCUUGAUAUUGAUCCUCAAAAUGGCAUUGUUUAUUUCACCGAUAGUAGCAUCCUCUUUCAAAGAAGGGUUUGGUUGUUGUCGAUAAUGAACGGAGACAAGACAGGGAGGCUAUUGAAGUACGAUCCACGUACCCAAAAUGUCACCGUGUUGCGGAAUGGCCUCGCUUUCCCCAACGGCGUGGCUUUGAACGCCGAUUCUUCCUUCCUUCUAAUGGCUGAAACCGGCACUCUCCAGGUCUUAAAGUUUUGGUUAAAGGGUCCCAAAGCUAACACGAUGGAGAUAUUCGCGCAACUUGAACGGUUUCCAGACAACAUAAAAAGAACUGAUAACGGUGACUUUUGGAUAGCCAUGAACAGUGCAAGAGGGACACUGGAUACUCAAACGUGGAAGGAGCUGUACCGGGGAGCAACAAUGAAGCAGGGGGAAGUGAAGAUCCCGUGGAUUCAGGCCGAUCCGGUGGCGGUGAAGUUGAACGAGAGAGGGGAAGUGAAGGGGAUGGUUGAUGGAGGGGAGGGGCAAGCAUUAGAGUCAGUGAGUGAGGUUGAAGAAAGUAGAGGGAGGUUGUGGAUUGGUUCAGCUGUUAAACCAUACGUUGGUUUAAUCAUCAAUGGAUAGAACCAUAGAGUACUCAGUACACAUUGGCAUUUGAAAAAGAAAAGAAGGAGAAAUGGAUAAACUUCUGUGUUAAAAUUAUAUUAUUGUAUCAAGUAAAUUCUUGCAAAAGAUUGUGUGUGUGUGUGUGUGUGUUUUUAGUUUGUAACAAAAACCCACCAACUGGUAAAUUAUGAUGGGGGUAUAUAUCUUCCCACGAGUUGUAAGAAUUAAGAUGGAAUAUAUUUCAUGGUUAUCUGAUUUGAUAUAUA